AACAAAGGUGAAAUUCGCAUCUCGGAGGAGCAGGCCAAGACGGAAGUAGUGAUUAUAACGACAAGCCUUCUGGAGUGCGAUUCUGAUACGCUUGCAGACUAUGACGUCUUAGAUCUGCGUAAUCAUCCUGCUGCUCAGAUACGCGCGAACUAG